UAUACGUCCACAUGACCCCAGUUUGGAUUCAGGACUAUGCAGCAAAAGCAAUAAUUGUCCGCAGUAUAUCGUUGGCAAUGCAACGCACAGUACCGCGAGCCGUGCAGAGUCCGGUGUGCCUUGUCCAGAGUCAGGCGCAAAUCGUGGAUGAUGCAGCGCCGUUGCGCUUCGUUGGCCACUGGGAUGUACGGGGGACCGCCACGCUAACCAAUAACGGUCAGUCUGCCGUGUUGACGCUGAACGAUCGUCCUUACCAACCGUUUGUGGUCGGAGGUCUGCUCGGUGGCGUUUACAUAUUUGAGCAACUUCACUUCCAUUGGGGACCGGACGAUAGUGUCGGGUGCGAACAUCUGAUCGAUGGACGGGUCCACUCGAUGGAGGCACAUCUCGUUCACUAUAACGCACGUUACGGUAGCUUCGCUGAAGCGUUUAAUAAGCCAGACGGAUUGAUGGUUGCCGCAUUUCUUUUCGAAGCUCAGUCAAACCAGACGGACUGGAUGCCGCUGCAGCCAAUUGUACGCGCCCUUCAAUGUAUCGAACCGCCAGGCACGGCAACACCCAUUUCGGCCAACUGUUUGUGCUGGAUGGCCGGGCUAGUGCUCGAUCGGCAUUACUACACCUAUCACGGUUCCACGACAACCGCACCGUACCGGGAGAACGUAAUCUGGCUAGUCUAUCACGCACCUAUCUUCAUCUCCUCACAGCAAUCGAACGCUUUUCGUCGUUUAAUGCGUAAACAAGCCGGAUCUGGUGCGUCGCUCGUACCGAUUGCUAGCAAUUUUCGUCCAGUCCAGUCGCCGUCUAGCUCUUUCCGGCUGGUGUUUGUACGCGACAAUGUACCACCGGUGCGAUCCAAACUGUGAGCCUUGAACACCCUAAAAAACACGCAAUACGAUGCAUUCCUGUGUACACUGUUACGCACCGGUUUUUACGUUUUUUCUCUCUCUUUAUUGUCGCUUUAAAUGAUAAUUGGAUUACAAGCCAGAUUGGGAGGUUAAGAUCGAAAACCAAAAAAAAAAAA